CUCCUCUCCUCAGUUGGUAGGCGAGGCAAAGGCAGCAGCAGGCCGCGGCGGCUCAGCCCUAGCGUCGCGUCCACUCCAAGCAACACCCCACCCAAAACCCGCCUCCGCCUCCGCCUCCGCCUCCGCCGCCGCCGCCGCCAGCGCCAGGGAGUGAGGUGUGAGGGGGCGAGGAAGGAAGAUGCCGCGCGAGAUCAUCACCAUACAGGUGGGGCAAUGCGGGAACCAGAUCGGGAUGGAGUUCUGGAAGCAGCUCUGCCUCGAGCACGGCAUCGGCAAGGACGGCCUCCUCGAGGACUUCGCCACCCAGGGUGGAGAUAGGAAGGAUGUUUUCUUCUACCAGGCUGAUGACCAGCAUUACAUACCCAGGGCUCUUCUUGUGGAUCUAGAGCCGAGAGUGAUCAAUGGAAUACAGAACAGUGAAUACAGGAAUCUGUACAAUCAUGAGAAUAUAUUUGUGGCUGAGCAUGGAGGUGGUGCUGGAAACAACUGGGCUAGUGGAUAUCACCAGGGUGAGCAAGUUGUUGAUGAUAUCAUGGAUAUGAUAGACAGAGAAGCGGAUGGAAGUGAUAGCCUUGAGGGUUUUGUGUUGUGCCACUCAAUUGCUGGUGGAACUGGUUCAGGUAUGGGUUCAUACCUGUUGGAGACUCUAAAUGACCGAUACAGCAAAAAGCUUGUCCAGACGUACAGUGUUUUCCCGAAUCAGAUGGAAACAAGUGAUGUUGUUGUCCAGCCAUACAACUCGCUCUUAACUCUGAAGCGGCUGACACUGAAUGCUGACUGUGUGGUUGUUCUUGACAAUACGGCCCUUAAUAGGAUUGCUGUGGAGCGUCUUCAUUUAGCAAAUCCUACUUUUGCACAAACAAACUCUUUGGUCUCCACAGUUAUGUCUGCGAGCACAACUACUCUGAGGUAUCCUGGAUAUAUGAACAAUGACCUGGUUGGCCUUCUUGCCUCUUUGAUCCCUACUCCAAGGUGUCAUUUUCUGAUGACAGGUUACACUCCAUUGACUGUUGAACGCCAGGUUAACAUGAUACGCAAGACAACAGUAUUAGAUGUUAUGAGGCGACUUCUGCAGACAAAGAAUAUAAUGGUGUCAUCAUAUGCUCGGAACAAGGAAGCUAGCCAGGCUAAGUACAUCUCCAUACUCAACAUCAUUCAGGGAGAGGUGGACCCUACACAGGUCCAUGAGAGCCUACAAAGGAUACGCGAAAGGAAGCUUGUUAACUUCAUAGAGUGGGGACCUGCAAGCAUUCAGGUUGCCUUGUCAAGAAAAUCUCCAUAUGUACAAACUACUCAUAGGGUUAGUGGUUUGAUGUUGGCAAAUCAUACUAGUAUCCGUCACUUAUUCAGCAAAUGCCUGGGGCAGUAUGAAAAGCUUAGGAAAAAGCAAGCUUUCCUUGACAACUACAGAAAGUUUCCAAUGUUUGAGGAUAAUGAUCUCUCUGAAUUUGAUGAAUCUCGAGAAAUUAUAGAGAGCUUAGUUGAUGAGUACAAGGCUUGUGAAUCACCAGACUACAUCAAAUGGGGAAUGGAGGAAGCUGGAGAGGCAAACGUUGCGGCUGCACUCGAUUCCAAGUUAGUGGUGUAAAUAUCAAGGUCCUACAAAGAUGCAAACUCUAAUUGCCUGAUGGUCAUCACUUCGAUGGCAGCUGCUCGACUUGUUCCCAGUUCCCACUCGUGUUAGUGUUAGAUCCGCCCCUCUGCAUUCUUUGAAGUUUGCCUCUCGUGUUAGUGUUACAGCCUGUGCGCCAUGAUUGUAUAUCUUGAGACCCACUGUGAACUGGCCGUUGUGCUGCUCCGUUUUGGGUCGCAAUUUCUGCUGAUGAUGUUUUCUUUCUUUCUUUCUUUCUUCUUUGUGGGUGUGUGAUGUAUUGAUACCGAUACUGAUAUGGUUUUUUGUGCCAAAGGUUUCAUGCAGAGCUCGAUUUGUUGCUGCAGACCAUUGACUUAAAA